CGCUGCAGCCGGCCCUCUUGCGCUCCAUCCUCUCUGACCGCAUCGGCCUGUCCAUCCACCCUCGGCCUGUCCAUCCACCCUCGGACACCAACCGCCGGCACUCUCUGUCCCCGGCCAGCUCCUCACCAGCCCACUCUUGCUUCUCUGCUCGCUCGACUGCCAGCCUUUUCAUUCCAUUCCAUUCCACACUUCCGUUCGCUCCCCACUACUCCCACUGCCCUCAUCUGUUCCACCGUUGGUCAUGGAGCCAGCUCGAUCGCAACACCAGCAGUCUCGGAUCACUUCCUUCUUCAAGCCGGCGGGCCCCUUGCCGUCGCCGGCCCAUCACGCCGCAUCCUCGAUCGUUCUGUCUCCCUCAAUCACCUCCUCCCCGUCCUCCACCUCUCCGUCUCGGUCAGCCUCGGCCUCGCCAUUCUCUGUUCGGCCGGGAUUCUCACAUCCGUCGCCUCCGUCACCGUAUCCGUAUCCGCUGCCCACUCCUCAGCCAGGGCCUUCCCCAGCCGCAAUGCUUCGAACCUCGGACCAACGGCCUGGCCCGAAUCGGCGCUUUGCCGAGCUUCCUCUUCCGCCCUCGUCGACGCCCAUCGACCCACGCUUCCAUCUCCUCAUCCCAAAAGAGAGCCGGAAGCGCCAGCACGAGUAUGAGUCGUGGUCAAGCGACAUCCGGCUCGAGGAGAUCAACGACGACAAUCUGGACGAGUUCCGGCGCAUCAACUCGAUCAUCUUUCCUGUGGUCUAUCAAGAGUCCUUUUAUCGGCAAGUUUGCGACAAAUAUCCGAAAGAGCUCAGCGCCCUUGCCUUCUACAAGGAAGACUGUGUCGGCGCCGUCAGCUGCCGCAAAGAGCCCAUAUACCACAACGAGACCGAAACCCGCUAUCGUGUCUACAUCAUGACCAUCGGCGUGCUGGCUCCCUAUCGCCGCCUCAAGAUUGGAUCGCACUUGGUGAACUACAUCAUCCGGAAUUGCGAGCUGGAUCCCACCGUCGAGCACAUCAGUCUGCACGUGCAGACAACCAACGACGAAGCCAUCCGUUUCUACGAGAAGCUGGACUUUAUCGUCCACUCGCGAGUAGACGGAUACUAUGCCCGCAACCGAGGUGUGGAGCCGCCGGACGCCUAUCUCCUCAAUCGCUACAUUCCACGCAAAUCCGAGUAGAUGUGCUUGCGUCCGAGGCUGUCGGGCCGAGCC